GGGUGGUAGUCUGUCAGACUACAGUAAGCCAGCUGGUCUAGGGGUGGUAGUCUGUCAGACUACAGUAAGCCAGCUGGUCUAGGGGUGGUAGUCUGUCAGACUACAGUAAGCCAGCUGGUCUAGGGGUGGUAGUCUGUCAGACUACAGUAAGCCAGCUGGUCUAGGGGUGCUAGUCUGUCAGACUACAGUAAGCCAGCAUUUCUAGGGGUGAUAGUCUGUCAGUCUACUCUUUCUCUCUGUCUCUCUUUCUGUCUUUUUUAAAAUUUAGCUAAGAAAGGAACCACAGUCUUCCAGUAUAGUCAGUCAGUCCUGGGUCCCAAAUGGCACCCUAUUCUCUAUAUAGUGCACAAUUUGACCAGGGCUCUAUGGUCCCUACUUCUGACCAGGGCCCUAUGGUCCCUACUUCUGACCAGGGCUCUAUGGCCCCUACUUCUGACCAGGUCCCUAUGGCCCCUACUUCGAUACUUAAUAGGGUGCCCUUUGGGACGUAGGCAGGGAGUCAGCUGGUCAGCUCCACAGGCAGCAUACAGUCAGCUGUCCUGUCCUGUCCUUCUCACCUCACAAUACACGUCUUUGUUGGGUUAGGCUGAGAUGAGGGCUUUGCACAAAGGGGCCAUAACCUGUUGAUUCACUGCUUGAUACUGAACAUACUGGUGGUGUGUAUCGGAGACGAGGUGCAUGUGAAUUAGCAUGGCCCGCUGUAUGGGAAGUAAAUACAGACAGUAGGAUCUCAGAUGAGCUGUUCCAUGAGCGUCAUUUGCUUUGUUUGUCAUUAGAGAAAUGUCUUCAUUGUCCAUCCACUUCCCUUCAGGCUGCGGUGGCGUAUGGUAGCUGGGUCUGACAUGAUGCCCGGUCAGAUCCCUGACCCUUCCCUGACGGCCGGCUCCUUGCCCAGCCUGGGCCUGCUGGCCGGCAUAUCUGCCACCACGCUCACCGACCAGCUCAAACUGGCACAGGACUUCAGGAACCUGGGCGCCAUGUUGUCACCGCUGCAUAUCCUGGGACGGCUGGGCAAGAGGCCGCUCACUGCUAUCAAGGGAGAGAUGGACGAGGACGAUGAGAGGAGGAGACGGAGGAGAGAUAAGAACAAAGUGGCAGCAGCACGAUGUCGGAACAAGAAGAAGGAGAGAACAGACUUCCUCCAAAGGGAGUCGGAGCGUCUGGAGGUGGUGAACUCCGACCUAAAGGCCCAAAUCGAAGAGCUGAGGAUGGAGAGACAGCAGCUAAUGGUGAUGCUCAACCUCCACCGCCCCACCUGCAUCGUCCGCACCGACAGCGUCAAGACCCCCGAGAGCGAGGCCAACCCCCUGCUCGAACUCCUGGCCGCCGAAAAGCUGGAGGCCUCUAAGUGAAACCACAGAGGGAAAGUGAAACCGAAGGGCGGGAAGGAAAGAAGGAAGGAAUCCGACGGGGAGAAAAGCAACUGUCGUCAAAGAUGACGAAAGAUUCAAAAAAAAUCACCUGAUGCUUUUGUUGUUGAAGCACUUAUGUACUGUGUGUUGAGCGCCAAGCUGGAGACUCAAGUCUGCCUUUGCCUAAAAGACCCGGGGGUUGUUAGGGUUCCGUUGCCUCGGUAAACACCUCGGUAACGUUACCCGAUUGGGUUCCUGAGGGAAGAGGGAGGAGCCUAAAUGCCCAACCCAGUUAUCUCUGCGUCAUAAUAACUGUUUUGUUUUUGAAACCAAGUCAGUGCCACACCGUUUGCUCACUGCAACCAACAACCAUUACAAUAAGGGACAGAUGGAAGAAGAUAUAUUGUGAUAUAUUUAUAUAUAGUGGAAACUAUCGUUUCGGAAGGGGAAACACUAAGAUCAAUCACUAUGGUGCUCUGUUACCGGCACUUACCGAC